GCCCCGCGGUGGUGCUGCAGGGGAUGACGGCGGGGGUGAAUGACGUGGCGUUCACGUGUGAUGCGGCACAGGUUAUCGCCGCGGGUUGCGACAAGUCGUUGCACGUGUGGGACGCCGCCUCUGGCCGCCACCGGCACACGCUGACGGGCCACAGCGCGGGUGUGAGCGGGGUGGCGGGGUCGCCGCUGGACGCACGGCUGGCGGUGUCCAUCAGCGAGGACCGCUCCUUCAAGCUGUGGGACCUGUCGAAGGGGUUCGCGGUGCGCUCCGUGCCUUGCGCCAAGAUGCCGCUCAGCCUGGCGCUCAGCGGGGACGGAAACACGGUGGUCACGGGUCACCUGGACGGCAGUGUGCUGUUGUGGGAUGUACGGCAGUGCAGGGCGGGGGCGGCGGCACCGCUGCUUGAGACCCGCGACCAGUCGCAACCCCUGGUGGCCCUAGCCACGCUGCCCUCCCACGACAGCUGCCUGCUGCUGGCGGCGCGGGAUGGUACCGUACGACUGUGGGACUUCCGCGGGGCCUCACUCAUGAAGCUCGUACGGCACCCGGCGUUCGCGUUGGGAGUGGCGGGCGGGUCGGGUCGCCCCCGCUGCCGGCUGGGGGUGUCCCCGGACGGGCGGCUGCUGGCGGCGGGGGGAGCGGACGGGGGCGUGUGGGUUUGGGACCUGAGGCACGCGGGAGGCAGCGGGGCGGCAGCGGAGCCGCGACAACUGCGCGGUGGCCGUCACUCGGGCGGGGGCGGAGGUGGCUCCCCCGCUGCCGGCGGAGGCGGUCCCGUGGCUCACCGCGAGGCGGUGGUGGCGGCCGCCUUCUCCGCCGACAUGAGCUGCCUGGUGUCGGG